GGCACGAGGGUAUUUUGAGGUUACAUGCAAAAGAUCGUCAUAUCAUAUCAUAUCCUCUCUCAGGUAAAGUCAGGUUUCUCUCUAGUCUGCCAUCACCCCUGUGAUGAAAUUGAUGAAUUGAAAAUUGACGAUCACGUUGUCGUUUAUGCCGGUUGUAUUCUCGUACUGCGUUGUACUUCAAUCAACGUUCCGACUUUCGUAAUGAUAAGCAUGGAAGAAGUCAUGAUGAAGCGUUCACAAUUUCGACUGAAAGUCGACCUGUCUAAUUUCUUCCAUGAUGCACGUCGAUCUUGUUGGAUUUUCGUCGACGGAACGAAAAUCCAACAGGUUAGACAUAUGAAGCAACACAUUAGUAAGCUGUUCAACAUCGCCGAACCGUUCCAUUUGUUGCUGAAUGACACCGAAUAUCUGCCGCCAAUAGAGGAUGUGCGUAUACUCAAGGAAAACGAGACGAUUCUAGUAAUUCCUGGAUCGGGCAUAAAUAACGAAGUGCCUGCUAUUGUAGAAACAAGCAAUGGUUCUGUAGAUGAUAGACAGAUUCAGUCAAUAAAUAUUAAGACGGGAAAGCAGGAAACAGUUUCACAGGAUAUAUCUAACGAUACUUUGAAUAAUACACAACCAGCUUCAAUAAAUAAUACUACAAGAGAUAUGACAUUCUACAGUGUCAUUAGUGAUACGGCGGCUGAUCACAGUGAAGGAGAUACAGAUUCUAAAACUACAGAUAACAAUUUAACAGAGGAUUGUAACAUGAUAGAUUCUAUUGUAUCCAUUGCGAAGAGGAAGAGAGUGCGAAAACGAAAGCCGAGAAAUCGAUCUCGGCUCAUCGUAUCACCUCCUGAUAUAAUUGAAGAAAACGGUCUAAAAGAACCAAAAUUAAAAAAGCCAAAGAUAAUAGAUUCUUAUAUUGUUCCGUGUGGAAAGCAUAUACGAUUUUGUAAUAUGGAGGAUGAAAAUAAUAUUGCAAAACAAAUAGUACAGGAAAUAUCUAGAAAUGAGUCUUGUUUAAGUAAAGCAUCGUCUUCCAGAGAUCUUUCAACACUUUUAGCAUUAGGACAAAGCUCAACGCCAAUAACAUUUGUAAACAAAAGAUUGAGAAACGAAGUUAAGACGGAAAAUGCAUUAAAUAAUGAGAUAGGAGGUAAAAAUUUAAAUAAAAAUAUGGAGGAUAGCACAGAAAAAAAUGUAUCUAGCGAAAAGUCUAAGAAGGAAGUACAAAGUUAUAAAAAUAUGCAAGCUGAUCUAGAAAAGUUCCCAAUUAUGACUAGAAAACCAAAAGCUCAUGAUAUUAUUGCCUUCAAAACCCUUAAGAUCGGUGGAGAUUACACGCCUCAGGUGUCUAAUUCUAUUUUUACCGAAGUAGUAAGCUCUUGCACACAGUCGGGAAAUUAUACUCUUCGAAUACUCCAUGGUAGAGAGGAAAUUCAAGUGCCAAUCGGAAAGUUUUCUCUCUCAGAAGAUGAGUCCGAAAGUCACCCUGAUGGAGAUACAUUUGUACUAAAUCAUUCACAGAUGAUAGAACCACGCUUAAUUUCAGUUUUAUAAGUAUUUGUUUCUAUAUUUGAACUUCAUUCAGUUUAAAAACGCAGUUGCAUGUUUAUUUUAUAUUUAAUUCGUUAAUUUACAUAUAUUUCUAUCUGAACUGUGUAUGUGUUAAGAUUGAUUAUAUUGCUUUCAUCCGUUGCAUUUUUAAAAACGUUUAAUAGUUUAACAUUUGAUAAUGCAGUCUAAUUUUACAUUCUGAAUCAAUUUAAUUUUGAGUUUGUGAUAAAGCAUAUUCGGUUUAGUUAUUAGUUAAGCUAUGCGCUAGUUUUAUGAAUGGAUUUAAUAAUAUUUAUGUUUAGGUAUAAAACAGCAAUAAAUUUUUUUUUAUUUUUAUAGUCUCACAUAUUAUGUAUCUCAGGGAGAAGAAAGAUAGAAAUAUUAAAUAUUAUCGUAUAUAUUU